AUCUCGUAUUGAGUCCUAAAAGUCAAAACGGAUCAAAGAUGAACUUGUUUCAGGAUUUUGGUCUAAGUUAGUAUCCUAAGCUUGAAAAACAAGACAGAAUAUGGCAGGUUGCUGCACUAGAAUCAAGUCAAAUGACUUGUCGAUUCAGGAAAAUUCUUGAAACAAGUUGACUCAAUAAUGGACAAAAGGUGUCUGGUGAGUUUUUACUUCAGAGGAAACCAAAUUUGAAAGCACAAACCCAUGAAAAUGGAGGGGAAAAAAACAAGAAUUAUGAUUAUAUUGAUGAUAUUAUGAUGAGAUAACAGUAUAGCAUUUGGGUGGUACUUGAUUGUAUUUCAGUUCCGAGUUUGAACACCCUAACAGUCAAACUGAUCCUGAGCUUCAACGCUGAGACAUCAACUGAAACCUGCUGCUUUCCAUCAACGUGCGCACAAACGUUCCUUCAUUUUAAACCAUUUAGAGCUCAGCACCGACCCUGGUCACAUCCCAUCAUCCCUCACGGUGGAGGACAGACUCAUAUCUGACCUGCAGGAAUUGGGUUUGCUGUGUUUUAACUCGCAGAUAAUCUCGGUUUGCCCCAUUUGGUGACACAGAAAGAGCGCACUGAUUACGCACAGCACGCGCCGACGUAUCUGGGGGCCAGAUUGCUUUUGGGGGCCCCCACUACUUCUUUUUUUUUUUUUUUUUUCCUCAACUGUGCAAUUUCCUUUUCAAUACGGCGGGUCUACAGAUUGCACAAGCGAAGCCAUUGUGAUGCAAAGCAGGAAACCCUCCUCUCGCUAUUAAUUAUGUAUGCGCAAAAUGACGGAUUCAUAUGUCCGGAGUUAACUGUCACGCCAGCGCACAUGCUGCCGGGCCACAGGGGUUUGCCAUUUGGUUAUGAAGCUGGUCGAAUUUAAUUCCAUCAUUCAGUGCGUAAAAGCGCGUUUCAAAUCUUGAGUUGUCCUGGAAAGUCGUUAAAUGUCUUGAAUUUUAAAAUCUGAACAGCAAGUCCUGCACAGUCCUGAAAAAAAAAACGGUUCAAUUAUGUGUUCUGAAAACCCGAGCUCAUACAUUUUAACUUGAAUUUACAAAAUUGGUUCUACAUUUCCGUAUAACUUUUUCUGCGCCUUCCCUCUCUGGAGCUCAAUUUCCAGCUUUCAGUUCUACAUUUUCCACUUUUACUCAUUGUUUUUUCUAAUCACUUCUUCUUGACAUCGUUUAUGUGGACGGGUGUCUCCUUCUUGAACAAAUCAGAGCGCCCCCCCCCCCCAAUCCAACAGAGACACACAAAGCCGGGGCACGUGUAGAUUUCUUUACAAACGCAUCAGACCGUAAAAGUAGGAGGCUCCUGGCGUGUGCCCGGGUCGUGUGUGUGUGUGUGUGUGUGUGUGUGUGUGUGUGUGUGCGCGCGCGCGUGUGAAGUACAAUAAAACCCUCAGGUACAUCUGCUUUGCAAUCUGCAAACCCCCACCCCUCAUGCAUCAGCCUCUCCAUCCUCCCACACCCACUCCCCAAAUCCACUGGGAGAACUCGGCUCCUUUUGAUUGGUCGGGGAUGAGUCAACGAGGGGGGGACGGGAACAAUGUCAUCAUGUCGCUUUAAAAAGAGUGCAGCUAUGUUGUGGUGAAAGCACCUCGGGAGGAGAACAGAGGAUCAAUAGCAGCAGGAAACGACAACAAAAAGACGCAUCAGAUGUUUCUGUCCGCGCGCGGCUGAAAGUGGAUUUCUUCUCCCCGCAGCAGCAUCCAAAGUGCCUUCAGCUCUCCGUCCAGCGUUAAAAUGCCGAGAGGAUUUUUGGUGAAAAGGAACAAGAAACCAAACCCGGUGUCCUACCGGGUUCGCUCCGACGAAGAGGACGCGCAGCAAACAGCGGCUAUUAAUGCGCCGCCGCUGCUGCCCUCCUGCGCGCCUCUCGCCUCCAUCCCGGUGCGCGCACAGACGCCGACGCCCACCUGCGGGGCUGCUGCCACGGCACCGGAGCAUGUAGCCAGACCUGUGCAAUUCGGGAACCCGGAGGCGGUGUAUCAGGCGCUCUACAGCCCCACCCGCCCCGUUAGCCACGACUACGACCGCUCCUACUUCGAGAGACGCUUCAACCUCGGAUCACCGGUUUCCGCGGAGUCUUUCCCCGCACCAGCAGCGCUCCCCGCGUUGGACCACCUCUUUGCCCCAGUGGACCUGAAAAUCGGCUCCAGCAACAGCAACCGCACCGAAGCCAGCGCCACAUCCACCGCGACGCUCCCCAUCGCCCGUACCAAACGGCCGUCCAGCGACACCGAGCGCAAAGGCAAACCGCAGUCCAAGAAAACCAAAGCCAUCCGGAAACUGCACUUUGAGGAUGAUGUCACCACGUCUCCGGUCCUCGGACUCAAGAUUAAAGAGGCUCCGGUGGACCAGAAGCCUCCCAGACCGCAGCUGCCCGGAGGGGACAACGUCCCGCUGGGCGAGUUCGUGUGCCAGCUGUGCCGCGAGGCGUACGCGGACCCGUUGGCUCUGGCGCAGCACAAGUGCUCCAGGAUAGUCCGGGUUGAGUACAGGUGUCCUGAGUGUGACAAGGUGUUCAGCUGCCCGGCUAACCUCGCCUCGCACCGGCGGUGGCACAAACCGAAGCCGCAGAGCGGAUCCUCUGGUGGGCAACACUUGGAGAGCGACAAGGCGGCUGCCUCCGGUAAGACAGCGUCGGAUGAAACGAAGGAUACUAGUGACAGGGACACACCCAGCCCCGGGCCGUCCGAGUCCGGCUCAGAGGAAGGGCUGUAUGAUUGUAAUCACUGUGGGAAAAAGUUUAAACGCCAGGCGUACCUGCGGAAGCACCUUGCGUCCCAGCACGGCUCCCCAAAACCGGCAGAGGACGAGGACGCGUCUGCCUGCGAGCAGAGCGCGGCGCCGCUAAACCUGAGCGCCUCCGCCUGCCACAUGUGUCCGGUCUGCGGGGAGAACUUCUCCAACAGAGGCAGCCAGGAGCGGCACAUCCGCCUGCUGCACUCCUCGCAGGUCUACCCGUGCAAAUACUGCCCUGCCGUGUUUUACAGCUCCCCGGGACUCACCAGACACAUCAACAAAUGCCACCCGUCCGAGAACCGGCAGGUGAUCCUGCUGCAGAUGCCGCUCCGCCCCGCCUGCUGAUCCGGGAAUAAAGGCUGCUUUCACUGUCAGAUACAAGCCUUGUUCCUGAGAGGAUUUUAGGGUCACACUGCAAAAAUAUCCGUUUGAAAAAAAAAAAAAAAAAAGAAGCUUGGGCUCCUAAAACCUUCAUUUUGUUCAUUUAUUUUUUUUAAAUCAAGGGGAAAAUACAUGGCACUUUGGUGAGAAGCUGUAACUCUGGUUGACUUCACUGUUGAUGGGAGUGCUUUAUUUUCUCUCUAGUUUCAAUUAUUUGGUAGAAAAAAAAAAACAACACAAAAUUCCUUUAACAAUCUGCCAGUUGUUUUUUUUUUUUUUUUGGUCUUAUUUUGGGACGUUGAUUCAAGCAAAUGCACAAAUCAUAAAAGAAUAAAGAGGAAUGAUUCCUGGCAUCCCCAUUUUUAGGCAUGUUUUGACAACUCGUUGAAGCAGAAGAACCGAAAGGAUAUUUUUUGCAACGUAACUCCUACAGCAAACAAUGUGACUCACACGCACCAUAUUUGUAGAGGUCAGAGGUCAGCCGCUCACCUGCAGCUGGCAGGGAUUCAGUGCCUUGCUUAAGGACACUUCAGCAGGUUCUGGGUGUGUGUUUGAACCCUGGCCUUUAUCUCUCUCCCCUUUACUUCAAACACUUAAAGCGUUAGACUGUUAAUUUAUUUUUCUAGCAUCUCUGCACAAGUGCUAUUAGCUUCUAGACCUAAGAGAGGGGACGACCUGUAGCCGACACAAAGCAGGACUCCCAGGCCUGAGAAGACCUUCAAUCUCAUCACUCUGAUUAGCUUUAACAUAGCUUGUGGAUCUGUGGAUCAGUAGCUGUUGCCUGAAAAC